AUGUCUCUCGGGCGUACUUUCAAGCUUAACUCGGGCUACGAUAUCCCGGCCGUUGGCCUCGGAACGUGGUUGUCCAAGCCCCAUGAGGUCGAAAAUGCAGUCGAGACUGCCCUUCGCAAGGGCUACCGCCACAUCGACGCAGCAGCCUGCUACCAGAACGAGAAUGAAGUAGGAAACGGCUGGAAGAAGUCCGGCGUGCCGCGCGAAGAGAUCUUUAUCACUAGCAAAAUAUGGAACACACACCACCAUCCUGACCAUGUCGAGGAAGGCCUCAACAAGACGCUGAAAGACCUCCAGACAGAUUACCUAGACCUGUACCUCAUCCACUGGCCCGUUGCUUUCGCGCAUACGAACGAUACCCUCACCCCGACCGAUCCGACGACGAAGCGAUUCCUCAUAGCCGAUGUUCCGAUCUCCGAAACCUGGGCGGCUCUGGAGAAGUUCGUCGCAAUGGGCAAGAUUCGGAGUAUCGGUAUCAGCAAUUUCACCAUUGAAGAGACCAAGAAGCUGUUGGAGACUGCGAAGAUUCCUCCCGCUGUGAACCAAAUCGAGGCGCAUCCUUACCUGUUACAGCCGAACCUUUUCAAGUUUUUGAAGGAUAGUAAUAUUCUGCCUGUGGCGUACAGUCCGCUCGGAAAUAACAUUUUUAACCUUCCACGUGUUGUCGAUGACUUGUCGGUGGUGGAAAUUGCCAAGAAGCUGAACAAGGACCCUGCUCAGCUGCUGAUCUCGUGGGCUGUUCAGCGGGGCUUUUCCGUGUUGCCCAAGAGUGUUACUCCCUCGCGUAUCGAGAGCAACUUCCAAGAUUUCGUGAUUCCCGACGCGGAGUUCGACGGUCUGAACAAGCUGGACCGUAACCAGCGUUACAACUAUCCUUUCCGUUGGGGAGUUGAUGUCUUCAAUGAGUUGGGUCCGGCUGAGGCUGAGAGACGAGCUGAGGAGCAUGCUGCUCAGUUGAGGGCUUCUGCUUAG